UAACAAACAUUGAAGUACCUAGUUGAUUUCAUUAGAGCAGAAGCAUGAAAUUCUGAAUUGGUUUACUUUUCCGAAUCUGCACAUUUGCAUAAAGCAGAUUAUGUUUAACUUGCUUCAGCCAAGCCGCACAUAACCUAAGACACAAGAUCAAAGUCAGAUCUUUUGCACCGAAAUUUGAGCUUCAUACAAAAAAUCAUUUAUUUCAGUUGGAAAGUUAGCAUGCCUUGUUUAGGACAAAAUGGAAUUGUAACACAGCUUCCGGGCGGAGGUAUUUAUCGUCCCGGAAGCCUUUCUCCAAGUACCUGGAUUCAACUUGGGAAUAUUUGUGAGUGGAAAAAUACACAGGACGAGAAAAAACAGUCGAAAUGCCCAAAGAUCAUUCACAAAAGGCCAAGAAGGCUAAACCGUCGAAACCAUCAAUGGUCGCCUUAGACGAGAGGAUUUUUGGCAUAUUCAUUCAUUCAGCUGACACUCUGAACCUAAAUCUGCACGUCUCUCACCCUGUUGUAUGCGUGAUUUUAAUCGACCUCGAAACUGGGAAACAAGUGGAUAAACCCGAGAACGCCAAGCAUGUCACCUCUUUCUAUGACGAGGAGAACGUGAAAGAAAUUCUACCCAUGAUGACCCAACCCUGCUCUUUCAAAACCUCAAAGUCAUUGGUGCCAAAGUGGGACGAACUGAUCUUGUUCAACGUGGACUUCUCGCACUUAGAAUCCUUGCGGAGCCAUCUAGGCGUGUUUUUUGUAAUACGAGAUUUUGUUACCAUGUCUUUGGCCAAUAACCAGGCCAAGUACAAAUCAGGCUGGAUUGAUGUUGCCUGGGCUUUCUUGGUCCCAUUCCCGGAAGGAUAUCCUCCCAAUGUUGGGAAGAAGCUUCGGCUUCAGCUGUUUCAAGGGGGAUCAACCCGAGGAUCUGAACCCUUAUCUCACACGCUUUGGACUUGGUGGAAGAAGAGGCGACAUCUCAAGUAUCCUUCCACUUUGUUUGUCACGGUUCAAUCCAUGAAACCCCCGGAAGCGAACCUAGAAUCAGAUCCAGAGACCAUGGAAGGGCAGAAAGAAGCCUCCAAAACCAGAGAAGGAGUAUUGAAUGUUCCGGCUUGGAGUCGUCAUCGUGGCCAAACUUGUGAAAUCCCCAAAGCAAAAGAGGUGUCCAUCGAGGCACCGGAUGACAGUGAGGUCUCUUGCAUGCGGUUUAGCCGAAGUGGAAGGGCUUUAGCUGUUGCUUUUACUCGAGUGAAUGGCUCUUCAACGAUCCAUGUGUUUCAUGUUCCAUCUUGGCAGUUUAUCAAAAUCAUCGGUAGUCACCCUGGAACGAUCUACGAAUUGGAUUGGGAUUUGGACGACACCGAAAUCGUUUCCGCUUCCGCAGAUCGGACUGCCGGUGUCUGGAGCAUCCACAAGGGUACCAGGAAGCUCCUAGAGCAUCCCUCAUUUGUCUAUUGUGCUCGUUUUCACCCCAAUUCCCCUAAUGUGGUCAUAUCAGGCUGUUACGACAAAGUCAUCCGAGUUUGGAUCCGAAAUCAGGAUUCCAAAUUUCUCUUGGCCGAAGAGCUCAUUUCCCACAAUAGCUUCAUUUCAGCCCUUGAGCUUGAUCCAGACGGUCAGAAUUUAUUCUCAGGUGAUGAUGAGGGUUUCAUUAGGAUCUGGGAAGUGUACGGAGCUCAGAACAUUGAGUCCGAUAACCGAAUCUCAAUUCGCAUGAAGAAAGAGAUUCAGCUACCUGAGUUUCGCGGGUACCGAAUUCAGAGUCUUCAGAUGCAUCCUGGCGGAAGACGCCUUCUAGUUCAUUCAUCUUCGUUCACAUCCUCGUUACUUAUGAUUGAUACCAAGCUAUCUUCAGUAAUGCAAUCCUUUGGGUUCGAGUCUGGCCGGAGAGAUAAGAGUGAUUGUUCUGUAUCCCCUUGUGGUUCUUUUGUAUUUGCAAGUAGCCUCAACACUGGAGUGAUCGUUUUUGAUACAGACACGGCCAACGAGAAGCACAGAUAUGAAAUGGAUGACAUCAAACCUAAAAGCAUCACUUUCCAUCCAUUCGAUAACUUUCUCAUUGUUUAUGGCCAAAUUGGCGAAGCUAGAAGUAUCCUUGUAUUCAAAGCUUGAGUUUAAAAUAUAUCACAUUCUGCUUGGAUA